AAGUAGGGUUAUGUUUUGUAAAUUUAACUUUAUUUCUAAUAGAUUUCGGAAUAUUGAAACCUUAUAAAAGGCGCAAUUAAGACAAUGGCGCUCUUAAAAACUAUUUUGACUCGUCACUUUCUGUACACUCCACGCAUCGUGCCUACGAUCACGCGCUUCACUUCAACCGAGUCCACUGCAGUGGCCGAUGAGGACGCCCCGGUCGACAUGCAGAACCCAUUCAAGAAAGAACAGCGCCAGUGCAUCCUGUGUCAACUGAAGAUUACACCUGACUACAAGAACUACAGACUCCUCUCUCAGUUCCAGAGCCCCUACUCGGGGAGGAUCUACGGCAGACACAUCACCGGCCUGUGCAAGACUAAACAGCUGCAAGUUGAAGCUGAAAUCAGAAAAGCACAGAACUGUGCGUACAUGCCCUACUUCUAUAAGGACAAGACAUUCUUGAAGGACCCCAAGUUAUUUGACCCGGAGAAUCCUAUUCGGUCACACAGAUUUUAAUUUCUUAUGUUUAAUAGUCAAUAAAAUUUUAAUGUAGAGUGUAAUAAUAAUAAAAAUAUUCAAAAUA